AUGUUUGACAUACCUGGAGCUAAAGCACCAGGUCCGGAUGGAUACUCUAGCUACUUCUUCCAAGAUAAUUGGAAUUUAGUUGGAGAGGACAUAUGCAAUGCAGUAAGGUCUUUCCUCCAUUCUGUGAAGAUAUUAAGGGAAAUAAACUGCACAGCUCUCACUAUCAUCCCCAAAGUCAGAUGCCCCAAUAAUCAAGGUGACUAUAGACCAAUUGCAUGCUGCAAUGUGAUCUAUAAAGUUGCAACUAAAGUAAUUUGCUCCAGAUUAAAGCAUAUCCUUCCUGACAUUGUGGCCCAAAAUCAGGGAGGAUUUGUCCAAGGAAGAUUUAUUGCGCACAAUAUCCUUAUCUGUCAAUACUUGGUUAGACACUAUGGAAGACAUUCAAAAAAGGCUAAUUGCAUAAUCAAACUUGAUUUGCAAAAAGCGUACGACACUAUUGAGUGGGAUUUCCUUGAAGAAGUCCUAAAAGGAUUACUCUUCCCUGAUCAAUUCAUUUCCCUCAUAAUGAAUUAUGAUGUACUACUAUUCUGCAGAGGAGAUUUCAAGAGUAUUAUCCUUUUGCUACAAGGAUUGAAACUCUUCUCAGCAACCUCUGGAUUGCAGCGUAAUAAAGCUAAAUCGGCCAUUUACUGUAGCAACAUGGAAGAAUAUGAGAUAGGAAGAGUCCUAGAAUCCUCUGGAUUCACAAGGCAACAAACUCCAUUCAGAUAUCUUGGUGUUCCUAUUUGCACCAAAAAAAAUUCAAAGCAGGAAUGCAAUGUUCUGAUUAAAAAGAUGAUUGCAAGAAUUCGAACAUGGAGCACCAGACAUAUCUCUUUUGCAGGUAGAGAAGUACUCAUCAAUUCAGUACUUUCAGCUAUACACUCUUAUUGUUGCCAAAUACUCAAGCUCCCAAAGAAGGUAAUACACGAGAUAGAAGCUAUUUGUAGAGCUUUUUCAUGGAAAGGCCAAUUCAUGAUGCAAGGAGCAGGUUUACUAGCCUGGGAUAAGGUAUGCCAAUCAAGAACAGAAGGAGGCUCGGGGAUUGCUGAAUGGAAUGUGGCUGCCCUUUUCAAAUAUGUGUGGGCUCUUGCUAAUAAAGAGGAUAACUUGUGGGUCAAAUGGAUACACAAUGUGUACCUUAAAGAGGAAGAAUGGUGGGAAUACCAAGCUCCUAGUAAUGGGAGUUGGUAUUGGAAGCAAAUCGUGGCAGCAAAGAAUCAAUUAAGAAACUUGGUGGACACACAGAAUUUCUCCCAAACCAGCAAGUUUAAGAAGCAAGUUUUGGCAGCAGCAACAACAAGCUUAGUCUACUCGAUUUGGUUUGCUAGAAAUGAAAAAUUGUGGAAUAAUCAAGUAGAAAACAUUGAUGUAACUGUACAGAAAGUUAAACAUAGUGUUAAACAUAGAAUAGAGUUGUUUUGGCCUAAAAAGGUAGGACAACAAGAUAGAGAUUGGUUUCACAUGUUGUGA